GAGAUCAGGCUCACAGCACCUGACGCAUCCCUCUUAAAGCCCAAAGCGAUGAGAGCCGGAGCGCAGGGGCCGGGGCUCCUGCUGCAGGACGGGGGACAAACCGGGCCGAGCUCCGGUGUUUAACGGGGCGGGGGGCGAUGGGGAAACCGGCGGGGGAGAUGAAUUCUGCUGCGUUUUACUGCAAAACCCGGCAACUUUCAAUCCCGGUCUGCUUCUUCUUCUUCUUGUUCCUCUUCUUCUUCUCUUCUUUCUCCCACUCUGUGUGCAUUUGAAGAAGCGCAACAGCAUGCAGGUCUCCCCGAGCGAGGACAAGAUCCCGGUUGUAGAUGCACCUUCAAGCCCUCAAGCCAGCAGCGAAGAUCUGUACUUCUGCGAUGGCCUGCGGAAAGUGGACUACGUUCUGGUUUUUCAUCACCGGCGGCACGGCUCCCUGCGAUGCACCGGCACCGCCUCGGUUUCGCAGGAUCAGCUGUCCAUCGUCUCAAACGGCAACUUCCCUCCAACGUCGGGCUCCUCCGAUGCAGCGGCCAGACAAGGAGCCGGCCUCCGCAGGGAGGAGGCAGCGAGCGUUGGGGAGGUGUUCAUGGAGCUCGGAAUGGCAAGGGGCAGCGAGCCGAUGGAGGCCGCCGACCACGAGAUGCACCUGAUCAGACAAGAGUUUGAGGCCAACCUCCUGGAGGCGGGUCUGGAAGUGGAGAGAGACAGAGAGACGAAGACCCAUGGGCCCAGCUUCACUCGGAUCCACGCGCCGUGGCCCGUGUUGUGUAGAGAGGCCGAGUUUCUCAAGAUUAAAGUUCCCACCAAGCAGAGUUACGAACUCAGAGAAGAAAGUGGUUUUGGGUCCAGUAUGAGCUCAGUGUGGAGGAAACUGAAGCAGCCCUUUGAGCCCAAAGUGCCACACCAGGACCACGGCAGCACCAAGUUCCUGUCCCACUGCUUCUCCAGGGACAAACUGCACAUGUACAACAUCACGUCUAAGGACACGUUCUUUGACAACGCCACAAGAGGCAGAAUAGUCUAUGAGAUCCUGAGGCGGACGGUGUGUGUACGAACAUGUCAAACCAUAGGCAUCAGCACGUUGAUAGCCAAGGGCGUAUAUGACGCCGCCUUCCCUCUUCAUGAUGGCGACUUUAAGGUCACUGGACACCUGGAGGAGCGCAACGACAGACAGGUUCUUUUCGAAGAGUGGGCAAGAUACUCGGCCUUCUACAAGUACCAGCCCAUUGAUCUGGUCAGGAAGUACUUUGGAGAGAAGAUCGGCCUGUAUUUUGCAUGGCUUGGUGUUUACACCCAGCUGCUCAUCCCGGCCUCCAUAGUGGGAAUCAUCGUGUUUGGAUACGGCGUGGCGACGGUGGACACUAACAUCCCCAGUUUGGAGAUGUGCGACGAGCGUCUCAACUUCACCAUGUGUCCGCUAUGCGACGGCGCCUGCGACUACUGGCACCUCAGCACGGCCUGCGGCACCGCCAGGGCUUCGCACCUCUUCGAUAACCCUGCCACCGUCUUCUUCGCCAUCUUCAUGUCUCUGUGGGCUGUGUUGUUCCUGGAGCACUGGAAACGGCGACAGAUCAGCCUGAGUUUCAGCUGGGAUCUGACGGGAAUCGAGGAGGACGAGGAACAUCCCCGGCCAAAGUAUGAGACCAUCCUCCUGGAGAAGCGACAGAGGAAGCAGCAGCAGAAGAAGAAGAAGAAAAAGAAAAAGAACGAGCCAGAGAAGCAGGAGGACGGGACAGUGACAGGGAAGGACAGAUGGAGACAAAAACUGCUGUCUGCCAUGGCUGCAGGAGUACCGACGGUCGCCGAGAAGUUGACGUGGAAAGACCGUCUCCCUGGAUACUUCAUGAACAUUUCCUCUAUCCUUUUCAUGUUUGGACUGACGUUUUCAGCGGUUUUCGGCGUAAUCAUCUACCGCAUCACGAUCUCAGCCUUGAUGGCGAUGAGUCCAGACCCCGAGACCAAGUCCAAUGUCCGGGUGACCGUGACGGCCACCGCUGUCAUCAUCAACCUCGUGGUCAUCCUGAUCCUGGAUGAAAUCUACGGCACCGUGGCACUGUGGCUGACGGAGCUAGAGAUUCCUAAAACGGAAACCAACUUCGAAGAGCGUCUCAUCCUUAAGGCCUUCCUGCUCAAGUUUAUGAAUGCAUACGCUCCCAUAUUUUACGUGGCUUUCUUCAAGGGACGGUUUGCGGGUCGACCUGGAAGUUAUGUGUACGUCUUCAAUGAUUAUCGCAUGGAGGAGUGCGCACCAGGAGGCUGCCUCAUCGAGUUGUGCGUUCAGCUCAGCAUCAUCAUGCUGGGCAAGCAGCUGAUCCAAAACAACAUCUUCGAAAUCGGGAUCCCGAAGUUGAAGAAGCUGAUCCGCACGUUGAAGGAGAAGGAGCCGACUCAGAAGGAGAAGGACGGAGAGCGACCUCCCCGGCAGUGGAACCUGGACUACGCGCUGGUUCCGUUUGAAGGCCUCACACCAGAAUACAUGGAGAUGAUUAUCCAGUUUGGUUUUGUGUCUCUGUUCGUGGCGUCGUUCCCCCUAGCCCCGCUCUUCGCCCUGCUGAACAACGUCAUUGAGAUCAGGCUGGAUGCCAGGAAGUUCGUCACAGAGUUACGCAGGCCAGUUGCUGCUCGAGCUAAAGACAUUGGCAUUUGGUACAACAUUUUGAGUGGAAUGGGCAAACUGUCAGUAAUAAUAAAUGCCUUUGUGAUCGCCUUCACGUCAGACUUCAUCCCUCGGCUCGUCUACCAGUACAUGUACAGCCAGACGGGCACCAUGCACGGAUUCAUCGACCACACGCUGUCCUUCUUCAACGUUUCCAAUUUCAAGCCUGGCACCGCGCCACACAGCUCAGACCACGGAGACAUCACUGUCUGCCGGUACAAGGACUACAGGGAACCCCCCUGGUCUUCUGAUGCGUACCAGUUCUCCAAGCAGUACUGGUCCGUCCUGUCUGCAAGACUGGCCUUUGUCAUCUUGUUUCAGAACUUGGUGAUGUUCCUCAGCCUCAUGGUUGCCUGGGUGAUCCCAGACGUCCCCAAGACCAUCGUGGAGCAGCUCAAACGGGAAAAGAAGCUCCUGGUGGAUCUGUUUCUGCAGGAGGAGAAGGAGAAAUUCCAGCUCAUCCAGAGCCUCUUCGUCAAGCCCAACAGCCAGUCGCCCACGGCGGGCCAGGCUUUCCCCGUUCUGGGCAGAUACAGCACCCUGCCCUCGGGCCCCACGGCCGGAGACGGAGGGGGGCCGAGGGCGAGGAGCAGGGCCGCCAGUUUCAGUCAGUUCAGCGACAAGAUGUCGUCGUUGCCCAGGAAAGAAAACGCAAACUCAAAGCACACAGCGGUGUGACGCGUUCCGUCCCGAUCGGGGGGAUUAAGCUUAAAUGGGGCCUGUAAGCCAACGGACUCGGCCCUUUUCCUGUGUGUUACCUGUAUCAUUUGUGUCCUGGUGUGUGUGACACGGUAGUGCGGUGGUGAUGUCAUCACAGGUCUCCUGCAGAAGUAUAAACUGGUCCUUGCUGGCCUCAGUGUGUGGAUCUUUAACGAACGGCUGUGUGAGUGUGCUGUUCCGACUCGCACGACUGUUCACCUGACAAAGUGUUGUCAUUUUUUUCCCUUUUUUUUUUUGUACAAACUAUUUAGUGAGGCACAUGAGCUUCAUAGCGUAGAGAAGCAAUAAUUACUAUAUUAGGUUGAAUAAGUGACCAGGAACCUGGAAGAACUGCAAACCGACGGAUUGCUUUGAUAGGAAACACUAACCCACCAACAGACUGACGAACAUCGUGGCUUAAACUUUAGGGCUGUCUGAUCUGUGAUUUUCCUACUUUGUUGUAUUUUUGUUUACAGAUUUUGUAGCUCUCACGACAUUCCACAUUUUCUGGACUGUUUUUAAUUCUCUUUGUAAAUUAGAAAUAACUUUAAAAGCGGUUUACCCAACCAAUUGUGACCGGUGAAGACGUCUGCUGGUUGGUUCUUUUUGACCCGCUCUAAGUACUGAUGGACAGGGAAAAUGCCAAUAUGGCACACUGUGGUGCCGUUCACCUCCUUCCAAGCUGUAGAAUCAGAACUCCAUGAUCUGUGAAGCUGAGAAUCUCUUCUGAGCCAUAAGGAACUUUUGCUGCACUCACCAUGACAAUAAUCCAUGGGGAUGGCCACCUGUGAAUGAGACAGAGCUGAACUACACUCACUGUGUUUAUGCUAAAUUAAAGAAAAACUACAUCCACAUUCCUUUGUAAUGAAACAGUGGCGUUCUCCUGGGAUCAGGGUUCGGACCGAUGACCUUUAUGUUGCGUUGGUGAACUUCAAAGUCCUCAACUCUUCAGAGACGCUUCACAGGUUCUUCCAAGAAUUCGCACCCCUCGAGUUUUUUCACAUUUUGUCACAUCGCAUCAACAAAUUUGAAUGUUUCUCAGGAUCUUAUGUGAUAGAACAACACAAGGUAGUUCAUAAUCGUGAAGUGGAAGAAAGAAAACACAUUGUUGUGUUUCCUUGGAGCAAGAAGACGUUUUUCUGCACUGAGUUUGCAUGCUCUCGCAGUUCAAGCAUAGACUCUCUCCGGGUAUUUCUACUUCCUCGCACAGUCCAGAAACAUAACUCUUCAGUUAAAUGGUUUAUCUAAAUUGUCCUUAGGUAUGAGUGUGUGCGUCCAUGGUUCCCUUUUCUGUGCUGAGAUGUACUGGGAACUCGCCUAAGGGUAUUCUGGUAAAAGCCAGACCCUUGUUCUGGACUUCGCUUUGUCCAGAGAGUCUGGGCUCUCGGCUGUUGAGAAACAUUCGCUUGCUGGAGGAGUGGAUUUUUAAACAACUGGAUCUCAUUUUACCCCGUUGCUAUCAUUUGGCUGUGACAUAUGUAAUGCUCUAGCUUGCUCAAGCUUACCGCAAAUUGUGUGCGCUGUAAGCCACUCCAUGGGGAGUAAUGCCAAGACAUCUUUGCCAGCAAUAAAAUGUCUUAAACAUUCGUCUCGCUCCAACUUUAAUUGCUCGAUGCGUCGUUCACUUCCUCCGCUGCCACUUCCUCAUUUGGCCCGAGUGAAAUUCACCUGUAGAAAUCUAGCUCAAUCGGAGAAACACUGAAGGGAGAUGAGAAUUGAGUGGAAUUGCUUUGGAAAGCAGUGACCAGGCUAUUCUAAGGGGUACUCCAUCUUCCUCCCACUGACCGCUGAAGAUAACCGCCCUCAUGAUCCUGCUAGGACAAGACAAUAGAAGAAUGCUGUCCCCAACAAACUAUCCAAACAACCAUCCAUCUGCAAGACAUCUAGAGUGAUUCUUUUAAAUAUAUACUUAAAUAUUAUAAUAUUUCUUUCACUUCAUAAAUGUGCUUACUCUGUGUUGGUCUAUCAUAUAAAACCACAUUAAAGCACUCUGAAGGUGGUGGUUAUAACAUGUCAAGUGUAGAAAAGCAUGAGACAUUUAAAGACUAGCAAGGCCCUGUACAUCUGAUGCUUUUAGUAAGAGUUCUCUAGCAAACCACAAACUGUAAUUUUUACAGCAGCGGUUUUGAGAAAAAUAACACGACACAAUAUAGUUGUUGUAUGUUAAAGUGGAACUGAAAUCUAAGCUGUAGUUUUGCUGUAAGCACUAGAGCUAUUGUGAAGGAAAAGCCUUUCAGAACAGCAGCGACGCUCCUCAGCCUUCAGUUCAUGAGGCUUUCUGGAGCCACUGCAAGAGUGUUUUUAUUGCUAAGCUUUAUGAUUAGGUAUUCUACAAGCUGCAACAAAGUAGACGUUAUCUUAAAAAAAUUUAUUAAGUUUUGUAAAGUCUGUGAAACAUUCUGCUGUACUCAGUAUUCGAGAGAAACCUUCUGUGCUGUUUGUCCAUGGAAUAAUGUUAUGUUGAAGUAGGCUUGUUUUAUGACCAGGUGAUUAGAUCUAUAACCAAUAUUUAAACAAAGCUGAACUUUCCACUACUACUGUUAUCUAGAAGAAUCAUUAGUAUGGAGAAUAUGCUCAUUGACAAACAAGCUUGAUGAAGGUCCGGAAAUACAUUGAAAUGGGUCCUGUUGAGGAGUAUUACAAUACCUAGGAUCUUGGACCAAAUGGAUGAGACAGCUUACUGUACGGGUACAGCAACGGCCUAAUGGGCUCGACACAGGGUUAGCGACGAAUCGCACAUAACGCGACAGUUUCCCAUCAUUUGGGUGAACCCAACACACAGGACACGAUAGCAACAUCAGCAGCGCUUCAAAGUUGAACAUUUUCCCAACUUCCUUGUGUCGCGAUGCUAGUCCGCAUUUGCUUGUCUACGUGUAUGAGCUUGAAAUUUCACAUGCAUGAAUUUCGUUGGUCGCUUGGCUGCAGCAGAGCAAGUGGUUGACGCCUUAUCGCGCAGGUUCCUUAGCAAAUGAAUAGAGGAAACAACAUUGCCUCUCAUGCGUCAAGCCCAUCAUGUCUGGGUUCACCACCCCUUUUGGCCUUGAUACAGCUCAUAUAUUUGGUGCAACACAAGUCAUGCAAUUAAUUUCAUGUGAGGAGAAUAGCAAAAGCAAAAGCAUAGUCUGCAUUGCUCACACCGCAUCCCCGAGUUUGUGGGAGACUUUCAUCUCUCUUGGAAAAUUGUUUACCAAAUUCUGUCCAUCUCAGACCUCAGACCAGUCCUUCCAAGUGCUCAAGAUUUUUGUCAGUGAGAGUUAAGAUGUCCCCAACCGAUGUGACACAUCAGAAUGUAAGUUUAAGGGCAUUCAUUUCUGUUGUUCAAAUCACAAGGUAACCAAUAAACCAAACCUUUGUUCUAUUAGAAAAAAAACAAAAAAAAACAACAGAUGGGGUUUCUAAAGAAUAAAAGGUCUCAAAUAUUAUCACCUUACAAAAAAAAUGGCCUAAGUCAUUUCUUGAUAAAAGUGACUAUUUUUGGUCAAACCCUUUAGUCCAUUGGAUGAUGCUGGUUCUGUGUCAACGUUGACUUUCUAAACAAGGACUGGCUUCCAUUCCAUUUAGUUUAUGGUUGUUAAAAGAUUACUUCAACAUACAUAUACUUGUAAAAUUAGACUUCAUGUCACCAUUCACAAUGACUCAAACCAACAUGGGGACGUCUCAAACACCAAGCCACAGCUUGUUUCAUUGGGGUUCAAAGUGAAGCUGAAGACAAAGAAGAGAGACAUUUUUACCACCAAAGUGUACCAGCUCCAAAUGUCCUCACCUGUGUUUAAAAGGCAGGUAAGGGCAAAUGAAAGAAUGGAAAAGUAGUUGGAGUGUGGAUGGUAGUGAUUGGGGGCCGUCCUUAACUCCACAAACUGCCGAAAUGCUGUAAAACCUUCGAUUCUGUUUCUCGCGCCUUGGUAACUGUUCCUUAUUUCCAACUGAAGACAACAUGACAGGACUCAGUCACAGACUGUUAUCUUUACAUGUAUUGAAAUCUCACUUUAGGAAAUUGUGAUAAAAGGUAUAUUUGCUAUAUAAGUUUCUGUUGUUGAUCUUUACCUAAGCUGGUGUACAAAUUCCUAAAUACAGAUUUGUUAAAUGGA